GCUAUCGACACUCAACCAAUCCGAGAGAUGCAGCUUUAUGGGAUAUGUAAUGAAACUGCAGCGAAAGCUACAGGUACGAGUGGCUGGAGUGGCGUCAUUGUAGAAUAUGAAUUCAAAAGAACAACGGUCAAUCGUGUCCUGACGGGUCAUAUCUGUUUUAUGUGUAAAACGUGUAAAAGGAAAGUAUAAUGGCUGAUUUAUCUCAAUGGGAACCAAUAAUACAGAAAACCAUUGUAAAACUUCGAAAUGCAUUGUCUACAUUACACUCGAUAUGGGAAGAUAUAGGAUUUACCGAAGAAGCUCGUUCCAUAUAUUGUGAACAGGCAUUUAAUCAUAUAAACGAUUUAUUACAUGAUAUGAUUCACGAAUCGCAACAGAAAAAGGAUAUAUUAUUAAACAAUGUCAAAGAAUUAGUGGAGCAAGUUUCUAUAUUAAGCAAAGAAAUGGGAACAAACGUAGAAGUUAAUGGAUAUGAAAAUUUACCACUGAAGACAGUAGAGGAAGUGCUGCGCACUGAUUUACAUAAAUUAGAAUACUGCAAACAACAACGAUUGGCACUUUUAGAAGAAUUGCGUACAAGGGAACAAAAUCUUUGCAAAGUGCUAGGUACUCAACCAGUACCAAUUGAGGAAAAGUUACCUUCCGAGGAGGAACUUAACAGUUUUAAACUUUAUUUGGAAACACAAGAGGCAGAAAAAAAUCGUUUAGAGUCUAAUUUUAAAGAAAUGCGUAGAGGAAUUGUAAAAAUGAUGGAUGAAUUAGGCAUUUCACCAUCCACAAAUUUUGAACAUUUAGUUUAUAAAAGCAAUGAAAAUUUUGUAUUUAGCAGUAAUAACAUGACUAAAUUACGGGAACUUAAAGAUGAUCUUAAACAUCAAAUGGAAAGGGCAAAGGAAUAUGUAGAAAGUGUUAAACAAGAGUUGCUGGCUCUAUGGAAAUAUCUUGAUGAACCUGAACGGAUUUGUCAAUCAUUUCUUAACAGUUACGUUGGACAUAGCGUUGCAACUAUAAAUGCAUUAGAAACAGAAUUGGAAAGGUGCAAAGAAAAGAGAAAACAAAAUAUUGCAAAAUUCAUAUCUCAAAUAAGAUCAGAGUUAGUAAAAUUAUGGGAUCUGUGUAAAUUUAGCGAAGAACAAAGAAGACAAUUUAGCUACUUUCAUUGUCAAACAUACACAGAAGAUAUGCUUACUUUACACGAACUCGAAAUAAAAAGGUUGCAAGACUUUCAUGCUGCCAAUAAAUCUAUAUUUGAUCUUUUAGAAGAAAGGGAUAACUUAUGGUCAAAAAUGAAGGAACUCUUUCAACGUGCAAAUGAUCCUGAUCGCUUUUACAAUCGUGGUGGUCAAUUAUUAAUGGAGGAAAAAGAGCGCAAAACAAUUCAAAAAAAGUUACCAAAAAUUGAAGAUCAGUUAAGGAGUUUAAUAAAAGAAUAUGAAAGUAUAAAUGGAGAAGUGUUUACUGUUAACGGUAUGUCAAUAGAGGAAUUAUUAAAAGAAUCAUGGGAACACCUGAAUGAAGAAAAAGAAAUAAUAAAAAAGGCUAGGAAGGAGGCAAAAGAUAAAUCAGUUAAAAAGAUAACAUUAAGCGCAUCUAAGAAGACUGCUUCAAGUUCAACAAAGAAAACACCAGGUAUAUUGAGUACUCGUCGUCAUACACCGCUGAGUACUUCAAAGAGGAAACUAUUGUUCACACCUUCUCCCAAUACCUCAGCAAAACGUAGAAAUUUGAGUAUAAAAGCUGGUGGAUCCAAACAAAGGAGAAGUGGACGAGUCUCUAGAAAACUGUUACAAUCUGAAAAUAAAGCUAUUAAAAGGAAUAGUAAAAAAGAAAAUUCUACAUCUCAAAGCUCAGCUGUAACAGAUACAACUUACAGCCAGUUUAAAGAACAUUUAGAAGAAAGAAGAGAACUUCGGAGUUCAUUAUUACCAGAACAAGUAUUAAUGAACGCAGCUAAGUCAAAAAUGAAAACUCCAAUACGAACACCUGCCAAACCACUAAGAAAACAUAUACCAACAGCAACAACACCUAUUACCACAACCCCUAAGUUAUCUCAAACACAAUUACACAAAUCACCGCGUAGUCCUAGACUUGUACAAUCAGCGAGAUUAGCCACAGUAUCAACACACCUGCCCAUAAUAUUUUAAAACUGUUUUGAAGUAGAAAGUAAAAAACUCUUGUACUUGCUAAUAUUUAUAUAUUGAUAUAUUGUCAAAAACAUACUCUUUAUAUAUUUUUAUUUUAUUACUAAGUAAUGCUUUAGAAAUUAUAUUGUUUAAUCAAAUUUGAUCACUUAAAUAUGAUAAUUAUGUAUUAUGUACUUGUAAUGGAUAGUAAUAUGUAUUGUUGCUUUUUGUAUGUAUAUUGCUAAUUUGUUAAUACAUUUGCCAUGUUUUAAUAUUUAAUUGCGAUCUAUUGUAUGUGCGUACUUUAAUUAAUAUAUGUCGUAUUACAAAUUAUAAUUACAUAAAGAAAUUAAUGUAUCUACAGGGUCACAUUGUAAAUAAAAUUUCACUUAAUAUGUAGUCUUAUAAACUACUUCGGUAAUGCAUUGUUAUUAAAUAGUAAUCAAUCACAGUAGUAAGUUUAUAAUGAAACGUAUGUUUUGUAAGUGCACGAUUUCGUUAUAUAUAAUUAUUAUAAUAAUCCUUUUUAUCUGAUUUGAGUUAUAUGUAACACUUAAAAUGUUAUUCGAUUAAUUUAAAAAUACAUUUAAAUGUAUAACGUAA